AUGAUUCAGAUGGUCCGGCCCCGUGACGACUUCAGAGUGAAGUGCUUCCCCAUCUGGAGGCCGGUCACCAACGUCCCCGGUGAUGCUGAACUGCCAUACUUGAGAGUCACCGUUCAUUGUACAGGCGCUCAUGUGAAACUUGCGACCCAGGGACUCUUGCUCAAUACCUCCAGACCCCGGUUUCCCCUUCGGAAGAGCUCAGAAGGGGUUAAACAUACUCGGCAGGCGGACGAACAGGAUGGGCGGACCUUAAAGUCGCACCGAGAAAGAUUCGUCAUGGUGUCGUGGCAGAAAUAUUCUCCUACUGAGGGAACGAACAGUCACGCAGGAUGGUCCCUGGCCCCAAGACAUGACAGGUGUCGCCAAGGCUUCCUCUACCAACAGGCCAAGUGAGCACUACUUCUGCUAUUCUUAUUAUGACACCAUGGACUAGUAUUUUGAUUAAUUUUUGGUGUUAACUACAUAUUUUGUUAGUAUUAUGGUUGUUUCUUUUAGUUGAAGAGUACAUUUCUUGGUAAAGGUUAAUGAGAGGAUUCCUACCUUAUUUUUUUUUUUGGGGGGGGGGGAUCUUUUCGAACACAUUUGUUGUAAUGUAUUUAUGCUUAUGUAAUAGAAGA